AUGUACGACUAUGCGCUGGUCCACGUCGUUUACACCAUCCCCAUAGCCAUAGCCCUGUCCAUAAUUCUGGGCCCCCUGUUCACCCGGAGGGAUGGGUACAAGAUCCUCUUCCUGCAGGUCAUUGCAGUCUCGUACACCAUUCCAUGGGAUUCGUAUCUUAUCAGAACGAAGGUUUGGACAUACCCGGCAGAUGUGAUAGUAGGGCCAAAGCUUCUGGACAUCCCUGCCGAGGAGGUCUUUUUCUUCGUAGUUCAGACCUACAUUACGACAUGUCUGCAAAUCCUGCUCUGCAAAUCUAUUGUCACAGCGACAUACCUCCGCAACGAGGCAGACCCCAGGGAUACAUCCGGUGCCGCCCUCCUGCCUCGGAAAAGGAUAGGCCAAAUCAUUCUCGCGCUAGCUUCUGUGCUGCCAAUACUGUUACGGGGUAGCAGUGCUGAAGGCACCUACAUGAGAUUGAUCCUUGGCUGGGCUGCACCGGUGAUGUUGAUGCUUUGGACAUUCUCCUAUCAGUUACUGCUCCUUUUGCCUUGGACGAAGACGUGGCUGAUCAUUGCCCUGCCGACUCUUUACCUCUGGAUCGUUGAUACCCUUGCUCUCCGUCGGGGAACAUGGUCCAUUGAGCUGGGCACCAAACUGGGCAUCCAUGUUUGGCCUCAUUUGGAGAUUGAGGAAGCUGUAUUCUUUCUCAUCACAAACACCCUUGUUGUCUGGGGUUCUAUCGCGUGCGACAAUGCCUUUGCCAUCCUUGAUGCCUUUCCACAGCACUUUCCGGUGGUCCCAUCCAUUCCCUCGCCACUGUUAUUGAUUCAAGCAUUACUCUUGCCCACCAGCAAGUACGACAGUGGCCGUCUGCAUGGUUUGCAGAACGCCCUAACGGUGCUUGCACAAAAGAGUCGAUCCUUCUAUCUCGCCUCUGGCGUCUUCUUUGGCCGGCUUAGGAUUGACCUCAUCUUACUGUAUGCCUUCUGCAGAGUGGCAGAUGAUCUGAUUGACGAUGCUCCCUCUGCAGAAGAGGCAGACAUGUGGGUCAAGCACUUCACCCACUUCCUCGAUACGAUCUAUUCUUCAAAGUGUGAUCAGGCACGAUUGGAAGCGGCGUUGGCACCUUUCUCGCCAAGGGCACAAUCCAUCCUUGUCCUCUUGCCCUCGGAGAAGCUACCCUCUCAACCUCUAUAUUUGCUCUUGGAAGGAUUUCGAAUAGAUCAAGAGUUUUUCGCCAAAGACGCAAAGGAAAACCCUCCCAUCAAGGCCUUCAGCGAUCUCGAGCGGUACGCCACGUGUGUAGCUGCGACAAUAGGCGAGCUAUGCCUCAGUCUCGUCUACGAACACAGCCCCGACAAGCAAGCCGACUCCGCUACAAUAAAAAGAUGUGUGGAGGCAGGUACCAAAAUGGGACGAGCACUGCAAUACGUGAAUAUUGUGCGAGAUGUCCAAACUGACGCCGAGGUCGGGAGGUGUUACAUCCCCGACGAGUGGUUUACCAAGUCAUCUACCUCAUCGCCUGCUGCUCAGCAGCAAGAAAUCCUACGCCUCCGAGAAAAGAUCCUAAAUACAGCCUUCGAAAUCUAUGCCGGAAAUAGGGACGCCAUCGAGCAGCUACCUCCAUAUGCUCGGAGUGGCAUUCGUGUCGCGGUCGAGAGCUACAUGGAGAUAGGAAGGAUGUUGCGGCACCGCAUCAAUCAGGGACAACCACUGGACUUCGCUGGGGGUGGAAAGAAAGGACGAGCCAGUGUGCCCAGAUCACGCAGAGUCUGGGUGGGCUGGAGGACCCUGGCGGGAUGGAGGGGUCCAGCGUAA